AUGAAAAAUACAACUAUUUGUCAAUUUUAUAGUACAACAAAUUGUUUUAAAAAUAAACAAGUACUAAAAAAAGAUGAAACACUAACAAAUAUUCUAAAUGAUUUUUCUAACGAUAUUCUUAUUGAGAAUUCGAAAGAGAAUUGGCGAAAUCAAUUUGUUCUACAGAAUGUAGCAAAGAGUUUUCUAGAUUCUUAUUUCCAUAGUGUACCAAUGGAGAAUAAUACAUAUCCAAAUAAAGUAAAGGAGCAUAAGAAUGCUCGAAAAGAACUAGAGGGGCUAGAGAUUUUUGGAAAUUCUAAAAUUCUUAUUAGUAAACCUAAGUUUCAACAUAGUACAAAUGAAGUACAAAUUACUCUAUUCUAUUAUUAUAAUGAUGAAAAUCCUCAAGCAAAAGAUUUUGUGCAACAUCAUUAUCUAAAAGAGAGUAAAGUACUAGAACUAUGUAAAUCGCUAUCUUCACUAGUAUUUAAGAAAAAAGUAAAUCUAAAUCUAAUUCGGGUUCGAUAUCCUUACAUGAAUAGUCAAAUUCUAGCACAAUAUCUAUGUGGAAAAACGGAUAAAAAUAAAUUUUCACAACUAUGUGAUGCACUGGUAUCCAAAAGUAGCGUAAAAGUAGGACUUUUUGGAGUAGUGGGUAAAGAAGGUGAAAAAUAUAUUCUACCAUCAUAUAUUGAUAGUAUUUGUCUAGAACUUUCAGGUCGAAUUGGUUCAGAACGAGUAGUACCUCGAAUGACUAAACAAGUAUAUCGAAUGGAUAGUCCUAAUACAAAUUCUGGUAUCUCUCUACAAAUGUCAAAUGUUUCAGCAGAUAGUCUGAACAAUAAAGUGGAAGAUUUUGGUAAAUACACAGCAAAAAAUCACCUAGGAUCUUUUACUCUAAAGGUAUGGAUUACAUCACUAGUAACUAUUUAUGGUGGUGUACAUAACUAG